AAAUGUACCUCUCAACCCCCCUCUCCACCCUCUUCCUCCUCGCCACCUCAACCCUAGCCUACGACUCCAUCUCCUUCACCACCUGGAACUGCACAGACUGCAACCCCGUCCCGGGCACCUUCUGCUCCAUCAACACGCGCAGCCAGCUACCUCCAAACCUGUGCGUCCCCAUGUGGAACGGAAGCACGUACAUUCGGACGUUUGAUGCGACGAUUCCGUCAUGCCAAGUGAAUCUUUACUUGGCAGACGAUUGCACGGGUGCGGCGGAAGUGCACAGGGAGAAUGGCGGGAGGUGCGAAACCAAGGGGCCAACGAAUUCUUUCCAGAUUACUUGCUAGAUGGACAUGUUCCUCCGCUUUGGCUUUUCCUUGGUGGAAGCGGUAGGCAAGCUGGAUACAUGUAAACAAACGACGGUACUAUGUGCGAAAAAAAACACACACUGACUUCAAGAGGUGAGAAGAGAAGAGAACCGCUGUAAUUGCUAGUUCAACACAUGGCAUUUCGCGGAACCCCCCCUCCCUUCUCGCUGUUUGAU